AUGCUCGCAGUCGUUCAGGUAUCACUUCUAGUCGCCGGAAUUGCCGCUUUCCUUUGGGCCGUGCCUUAUGAAGAUGGUGGCCUUCUGGACGAGUUCUUCAAAGUCAACCAGUCCAACUCCUCCCUUAUUGAGCUCGUGGACCUGCAGUUGACCUCGCAAUAUCUUCUAAGUCGCAUGGAACGAAGGCUCUUUCAGCCAGACGGAGGUGUCAACUUGGAAUUACUUCAAUUCCUACCGGUAGAUCUAGGCGGUGGUGAACAGGGUGUUGCCGCGGCGCGCAACUCUCCCAACCGUAGUCCCUUAGUCAGCAUUCUCAUCAUCACAAUUCUCCCUGAAUCUGCUGUCUGGGAAAAAAUUAUGGAGGUAAGGGGAAUGAAGUUGCGUUUUGGACAGUGUCUCAUCUGA